AUGGAAAGAGGCUGGCUCCAUGGGGAAGGAUUCCUCCUCUGCCUCACUCUCCACCUGCUACUUCAAGGAAGAGGAGACACUUUCAGUAUCAACUGCUCAGGAUUCGACCAGCACGGGGUGGAUCCUGCUGCGUUCCAAGCAGUGUUUGACAGAAAGGCCUUCCGUCCAGUCACCAACUUCAGCAGCCCCACUCAUGUCAAUGUCUCCUUCACCCUGUCUGCCAUCCUGGAAGUAGAUGCACAGCUUCAACUGAUGACAUCGUUCCUGUGGCUAAAUGCGAUCUGGUACAAUCCAUUCAUUGGGUGGAACCCAGAGGAAUGUGGGGGCAUCAGGAAGCUGAGCAUGGCAGCUGAGAACCUGUGGCUUCCAGAUAUCUUCAUCGAGGAGUUCAUGGACACGGAUCAGACCCCUAGAGGUCUCAUGGCGUACGCCAACAGUGACGGUCACGUCCGAUACAGCAAACCCAUGCGGGUGAGCAGCAUCUGCAACCUGGACAUCUUCUACUUCCCCUUUGAUGAACAGAACUGCACCCUCACCUUAAGCUCUUUUGUCUACACAGCGGAGAACAUGGUCCUGGGCAUGGAGCAGGAUGUGCAGGAGAUUUCGAAAACAUCACAGAACAUCAUCGGGAACAAAGGGGAGUGGGUACUUCAGGGUAUCCAUCAAAGAAUGAAGAAGACAACUGUGGGCACCAACGUGUUUAACAAAAUCAUCUUCUAUGUGGCCAUCAGGCGCAGGCCCAGCCUCUACAUCAUAAACCUCCUGGUGCCCAGUAGCUUUCUGAUUGCCAUCGACGCCCUCAGCUUCUACCUGCCGGCAGGAAGCGAGAACCGUGCCCCAUUCAAGAUGACACUCCUGCUGGGCUACAACGUCUUCCUGCUCUUGAUGAAUGACUUACUCCCUGCCAGUGGCACCCCCCUCAUCAGUGUCUACUUUGCCCUGUGUCUGUCACUGAUGGUGGUCAGCCUGAUGGAGACCAUCUUCAUCACCUACCUGCUGCACCUGGCCACCACCCAGCCCCCACCCAUGCCUCGCUGGCUCCAUUCCCUGCUUCUACGCUGCACCAGCCCCGGGAAAUGCUGCCCUGCUGCGCCCCAGAAGGGAAACACGGGCCUGGGCCUCAGCCCCGCACACCUGCCUGGUGUGAAGGAGCCCGUGGAGUUGGUGGGGAAGGUUCCAAGUCCCAGAGAGGCAGAGCUAAAUGGCUGCCCUGGGUCAGCGAGGGCCCAGCAGGAAGACGAGGCUCAGAAGCAGCACCUGGUCAGCCUGUGGGUGCGGUUCAGCCACAUGAUGGACACCUUGCUCUUCCGCCUCUACCUGCUCUUCAUGGCCACCUCCAUCACCACGGUCAUCGUCCUCUGGAACACCUAGGCAGAUGCCCACCUUUGAGUUCCAGGCAAGAGCUUCUCUUGCCUCCAGGAACCAUUCAGGCUCUCAUCUCUGUCCAAAUCCCACCUUACAGCCCUGGCAACCACCUUAUUUUCAACCCAGUCCUUCUGUGCAGUUUCAGACCAGUCCUGCAUGGUUUCCUAAGCCCUCCCGAGUCAGGUCCUUGCUCCUGCAUGCCGUCAGCUCCCCUCAGCCUUCCCACGAGUCCUGCCUGCCUGGCUCCUCAGGAUUCAGCUUCUUGGAAUACUUCCUUGAUCAAAUCUCCUCCAA